AUGCUCACCUGGAUCUACCCCCUCCGCGUCCUCCAGGCCAUCCUCUCCCUAGCCACCAUCGGCCUAACCGCAUACGAAAUCGCCUCCCUCUACGACAGAUGGUCCUACUCAAACGUAAUCUACUACAUGCUCUUCAACGGCUGCUGGACAACAGCCAUCGCAGUCCCAUAUCUCGGUCUCGCCCCUCUCGCCUUCCCGCGCUUCUCUCACCAAUUCGCCAUCCCAGCAAUCGAGCUGAUCACCGGCGGCUUAUGGUUGUCCGGCUGGAUCGCGCUUGCUGCCCUGAUGCCCACGCCUGGAAACUGCAAUAACACUAGCUGUCAUGCGCUGCAGGCGCUUGUCGUUGUUGGUGCUGUGCAAUGGGCUACGUUCGUUGUGACAAACACUUUCGCUCUUAUCGAUGUUAAGAACAGUCGCGCUAAUACUAAGCGUCAUGCUGCGGAGCCGGCGCCGGAGAUGGCUGCCAAUGGGAAUGGGGCUGAGACUACCGUUUAG